AUGUUUCAAGAAUCCAUAUCAAUAGUUGAUGAAUUUCUUUUAUCCGUUCACAAUAAAAUUCACUUGGUGACAAAAGAUAAUACUAUUAUGCCAAGUGAUUACUUCGUGACAUUCAAAACACAAAGAGAGACAGGUGCUGGCACUCAGUUGGUCGAUGAACAAGACUUUAUCAAGUUCAAAUCGGAAUAUACAAAAUUAGCUGCUAGAAAAACUUAUCAUCCAAAGCUACGCUCAAAAUCACAACCACCACCAUCUACACUACAAAUGCCAUUAGUUUUACUAUCUUCACUAUCACCACAAGCACUACCACUGUCACCAGAUAUACAACCGUUACAACAAUCACCACAAGUACAACUUAUACAACCACAACAAUCACCACCUCAAUUACCACAAGCACAACUUAUGCAACCACUGCUACCACAAGUGCAACAAUCACAACAAUCACCACAUCGAGUACAACAAUCGCUACAAGCACAACUUAUACAACCACAACAAUCACUACCACUAUCGCAAGUACAGCAAUUGCCACAAAUGUGA